GCCCGCCUCCGGCCUCCGUCGCGGCCCCGCCCGCCUCAGCUGACAGCGGCAAGAUGGUGGUGGCGCAACACGGGGAGGUCUGCACCUGGUUCAGCUGACAACGUUAAGAUGGCGGCGGUGCGGGAAGCGGAGUUCGCCGCCCUGCAGAGACUGCUGCGGGCACCAUCGAGGGAUGCCGUGCGGCAGCUGUGCCAGCAAUGUUUCUCCAGCCCGCCCGCCGGCCUUGCCGCGUUGGCACAGCGCGUCUGCCUCAGCCUCGCGCCCGGCCCGGAGGAAGCGGAGCAGCUGGUGUUUGCUUUGCACAACCUCACCAGGCAUGUUGUGUACCAUGGCCUAACGAAGGCAGAAGAUAUCCUCUCUCUCUUUCCAGAGAACUUCCACCAAAAUCUGAAAAGCCUUUUGACUAAGAUAAUCUUGGAGAAUAUCUCUGCUUGGAGGAAUGAGGCACAAGCAAGUCAGAUCUCCCUGCCUCGGCUGAUUGACAUGGACUGGAGGGUAGACAUCAAGACAUCUUCAGACAGCAUCAGCAGAAUGGCAGUCCCUACUUGCCUGCUUCAGUUAAAGAUUCAGGAAGAUGUUGCAUUAUGUGGAAGUAGCCCUUUUGUUUCUGCACUGACUGUGGAAUUGAACAAAGAAACCCUCGACACUAUGCUAGAAGGUCUAGGAAGGAUCCGGGACCAACUCUCUGCUGUUGCAAACAAAUGAAUGCUGAAGGGCAUGAAUUCAAGCAGUGAGAAAAGGGAGUAUUCUCUGUCUACAGUGCUCAUAAGUUGCAGCCUAGUGUAACAUUUUUUUCGGUUUUAACAAAACAAAAUUAAAGAGAUUUUUCUUUAUUAAGAUAGCUUUUGAAAAGCUAACGCUUAAACGUUUCUUUGGUCUGAUGCCAAAAAGUGUUUUCCUAAUAUGGUGUUGAACAAAAGCUGGUCUCAAUUUCAGAAAAGCAUUUGCAGGCUUAGAGCUUGGCUUAAUCACAAGGGUCGUAACUGGAAAUAGCAAAUAGCUGCAGCUUUAUUAGCAAAUGCUAUCUCUGUGCCCUGAAAUUAGGAUCUAAAAGGCUCGAACUGGUUAAUGAGCUAGUUUUCACCAUUAGCAGACAAGGAGAGUGCUUCUCUCUGGAGUGUGCGUGUACUGAAAUGCAUGCUAGAUGUAGCAUUUUCUUCUCAAUGAAGCACAACCAUGCUGCAGAUUGUUAUUACAGGAUAAUGCUUUGAAAUAGGACAAUUAUGCUACAACACAUUCCCUUCUGAUCAGCUUCAUGGCACCAUUUUCAAAAUUACUAGUGUGAACAUCUUUAGCAGCAGGUAAUUUCCUCCUUCUGUUUGAAAAGAAAAAAGGAGUUCAGAUAAUUCAUGUUUGGGUUUAUUGGACUCUGGCUUUACCUUUGGUGCACAAAAAACAGACUGAAAGUAAAGAAUUGGUGGCCAUUGUUUGUACUGUAGGAAAACCUUUUGUGGCAACAUGUGCCUAUACUUCUCAAAAGUAUUCUGUUGUUUGUUUAUAUAGAUUUUUUUUUUUUUUAAUUAAAAAAUGAACUGUU